AUGGUGUUCUCUAAAGAUCUCCCUUCUCCUGCAACAAUGUUCUCUACCUAUGCGUCACUAGCGGGAUACAUCAUGAUGAUCAAACCAAUGAUUCACACGAUAAUUCCACGACCGAUACAGAACUUCGUUUUCUCUUACAUCAAGUCUUUCGUCGGCUCUCCUCAAGCUUAUCUCUCAAGCAAGAUAAGCCCCGAUGCAUCGAAGCUAAGGAUGACUAGAGACCCUAACAAUAAGAACGUCAACUUACACCUCAGCCAAGGAGAGGUUGUCUCCGAUGUCUAUAAAGGCAUUGAGCUCAAGUGGCGGUAUUUAGAAGGCAGAAACAAGAAAACCACGGUUGUAGGUGAAGAGACAGAGGAAGCGAUCGUCAAUUGGCAAUGCUUCGAGCUAAGCUUCGACAAGAAACACAAAGACUUGGUGGUGAAAUCCUAUAUAGCUUACGUGGAGAGGAAAGCAAAGGUGAUCAAGGAAGAGAGGAGAAUCAUCAAGAUGCACUCCUACUCUAGCUAUACACUUAGGUGGCAAUCUGUCAAAUUCGAGCACCCUUCGACAUUCCACACAAUGGCUAUGACGCCUAAACUCAAGAGUUCUGUUAUGGAAGAUCUUGAUCGGUUCAUCAAAAGAAAAGAUUACUACAAGAGAGUUGGAAAAGCUUGGAAGAGGAGUUACUUUUUGUACGGGCCACCAGGGACCGGGAAGUCUAGUCUAGUGGCAGCUAUGGCUAACUACCUCAAGUUUGAUAUCUAUGAUCUCCAGCUCGCAAACGUUCAGGGAGACGCCCAACUACGAAGCUUGCUUCUCGCCACUAAUAACAGCUCGAUUCUUCUUGUAGAAGAUAUAGAUUGUUCCGUGGAUUUGCCUACAAGGUUGCAACCUGCAACCACGACCCUUGGUGCUCCCAAGGGAUCAACACCAUUGACAUUAUCAGGACUUUUAAACUGCAUUGAUGGGUUAUGGUCUAGUUGCGGAGAUGAACGCAUAGUAAUAUUCACGACUAAUAACAAGGAGGUGCUCGAUCCCGCAUUGCUCAGACCAGGCUGUAUGGAUAUGCACAUUUACUUGGGACAUUGCAGUUUUGAGGGAUUUAAAAUAUUGGCAUCUAACUACUUAGGCAUGCCUCACGACAGUGAUGACCCUCACCGUCUCUACCCGGACAUCAAACGUUUGAUUGAUGGAUAA